UGGGACUUUUUGUUAAAAAAAGAAAAGAAGAAAAAGCCUGCAGAUAAACCUCUAAAAAAACACCCCCAAAGCCCCUGGCGGAGACAAUUUGAGUUUCUCCGACGAGCGAAGAGAGCCAAAACCCGCAGCAUUCUCUACGCCUCAACUUCUCCAUGCAUCUAACCACUACUCCUCACUCGCUCAAUUCAAUACAAUUAUCUUCAAAACCCCUUUUUCUCACAUUGCCAUUCAAAUGCAGACGAAAAUUUUCCUCUCAAAGAAGACCUACCUUUUUAGCUUCUUCUUCUUCUUCUUCUUCUUCCAACACUCCUGAAGGGUUUUCUUGGCUGCAACUUUCACAGUCUAUUCUCCGUGGUUCCAAACGUUUCUUCAAUCAAUUGGAAGACUCUGUGAAGAGAGAGACGGAUUUUGAUUUUGAGGAUGCUAAACUUAAAGUUGAAGAAUUUUCAGGUCGAGCUGUUGAUUCAGCCAAGAAUGCCCAAAUUCUGUUGCUACGGUUUCAGUCUGAGUUGUUUCCCGAGUUCUUAAAUUGGAACAAAUUCGAGUCCUGGAAGGACAUCAAGAAAUGGGAUUCCAAAAGAGUUGGUGUCUUCAUUCUCUAUAUUAUCGUCACGGUAUUUUCUUGUCAAAAAAUCUAUAUGGCAAUUCGAGCUCCUAUUAUUAAUAGGGAAAGAAAAGAACUUACUGAGGCAUACAUGGAAGCAUUGAUUCCUGAACCUACUCCUGUUAAUGUCAAAAGAUUCAAGAAAGGUUUGUGGAGGAAGACUACCCCCAAAGGUCUAAAGUUAAAGAAGUUCAUUGAAGCAGCGGAUGGAACUCUUAUUCAUGACAGUUCCUAUGUUGGUGAAGAUGCUUGGGAAGAUGACUCUGGCAGUCAUAAUAUGAAAGAGGUGAUAGACCAUGAUACUAGAUUGAGAGUAGAGGAUAAAGAGACUCUGAAAGAGAAUCUUGGAAUUUCAGCUGAAAAUCAGGAUAUGGGAGGAACAUGGCGUGAAAGGCUUCAAGCAUGGCACAAAAUUCUUAGGAAGGAGAAGAUGGCAGAGCAAUUAGAUUCAGUAAAUGCGAGGUAUGUGGUUGAAUUUGACAUGAAGGAAGUUGAGAACAGCCUUCGCAAAGAUGUCGCUGAGAAGACAAAAGAAACCCAAGGAACCAGGGCAUUGUGGAUCUCGAAAAGAUGGUGGAGAUAUCGCCCGAAACUUCCCUAUACCUAUUUUCUUCAAAAACUUGAUACUUCUGAGGUGGCUGCUAUAGUCUUCACAGAGGAUCUGAAGAGAGUGUUUGUCACAAUGAAAGAAGGAUUCCCACUUGAAUAUAUUGUUGAUAUCCCACUAGAUCCUUUCUUAUUUGAGAUGAUAUCAAGUUCUGGAGCUGAAGUAGAUCUACUUCAGAAGCGGCAGAUUCAUUACUUUUUCAAAGUUCUUUUUGCUUUAUUGCCCGGGAUACUGAUUUUGUGGUUUAUAAGAGAAUCUAUGAUGCUUCUGCACAUCACGACAAAUCGCCUCCUCUAUAAGAAAUAUAAACAACUUUUCGAUAUGGCUUAUGCUGAAAAUUUUAUUUUGCCAGUUGGAGAAGUUGGUGAGACAAAAUCGAUGUAUAAAGAAAUAGUAUUGGGAGGAGAUGUUUGGGAUCUUUUGGAUGAAUUGAUGAUUUAUAUGGGAAAUCCAAUGCAAUAUUAUGAGAAAGGUGUCAAAUUUGUGCGGGGUGUGCUUCUGUCUGGCCCCCCUGGAACAGGUAAAACACUGUUUGCUCGGACACUUGCAAAGGAGAGUGGGAUGCCUUUUGUAUUUGCUUCUGGUGCAGAGUUUACUGAUAGUGAAAAGAGUGGUGCUGCACGAAUCAAUGAAAUGUUUUCUGUUGCUAGGAGAAAUGCUCCAGCUUUUGUAUUUAUAGAUGAGAUUGAUGCUAUUGCUGGAAGGCAUGCAAGAAAGGAUCCGCGCAGGAAGGCAACAUUUGAGGCUCUGAUUGCUCAGCUUGAUGGGGAGAAAGAAAAAACUGGUGUUGAUAGGUUUUCACUAAGACAAGCUGUCAUAUUCAUCUGUGCAACCAAUCGCCCAGAUGAACUGGACUUAGAAUUUGUUCGUCCUGGACGUAUUGACAGACGUGUGUAUAUUGGUUUACCAGAUGCAAAGCAACGAGUGCAAAUUUUUGGAGUUCACAGUGCUGGGAAACAGCUUUCAGAGGAUGUUGCCUUUGAGAAACUCGUCUUUCGUACAGUUGGAUAUUCUGGGGCAGACAUAAGAAAUCUAGUCAAUGAAGCUGGAAUAAUGUCUGUAAGAAAAGGACAUUCUAAGAUCCACCAGCAGGAUAUCCUUGAUGUUUUGGACAAGCAAUUGCUUGAGGGUAUGGGUGUGCUCCUGACAGAGGAAGAGCAGCAGAAGUGUGAGCAAAGUGUAUCUCGUGAAAAAAGACGAUUGUUGGCAGUACAUGAAGCUGGUCACAUUGUCUUGGCGCACUUGUUCCCUCAGUUUGAUUGGCAUGCUUUUUCUCAGCUUCUACCUGGGGGCAAGGAAACUGCGGUAUCAGUUUUCUACCCUAGAGAGGAUGUGGUUGAUCAAGGUUAUACAACCUUUGGCUACAUGAAAAUGCAAAUGGUAGUAGCUCAUGGCGGGCGCUGUGCCGAACGUAUUGUAUUUGGUGAUGACAUUACUGAUGGAGGAGUAGAUGAUCUAGAAAAGAUUACCAAGAUUGCUCGGGAAAUGGUGAUAAGUCCUAAAAACUCUAAGCUGGGCCUUACUUCUUUGACAAAAAGAAUAGGAUUGAGUGAUCGGCCUGACAGUCCUGAUGGUGAAAUUAUAAAAUAUAAGUGGGAUGAUCCUCAUAUAAUUCCUGCUCAUAUGACAGUUGAAGUUUCUGAGCUAUUUACUCGUGAAUUGACAAGGUAUAUUGAUGAGACGGAGGAGCUUGCAAUGAGGGGGUUGAUGGCCAACAGGCAUAUACUGGACUUGAUUUCCAAUGAGCUUCUUGAACACUCGAGAAUAACUGGAUUGGAAGUAGAAAAUAAAAUGAGAGGGUUACGCCCUGCCAUGUUCGAAGAUUUUGUGAAGCCUCUCCAAAUAAACAUGGAGGAGGAAGGACCAUUGCCUCAUAAUGACCGAUUGAGUUAUCAACCGCUGGACAUUUAUCCCGCACCCCUCCACAGAAGUUAAAAUCAAUGGUGGUUGUAUGAGUUUUCUGGUCAGGCUGACAUCGGAAGUCGCCAAGUAAUGAAUGUUGAGGUGCAGAGAUAAUGUCCUUUUUCACAUUAUCUCUGAAAGUAAGCCAACAGAAAGGCUGCUAGUAGAUAGAUUGGUUGGGUUGCAAUUGUUUCAUUUCUUAUCUCAGGCAUCCAUUUUUAUUUUUAUUAUUUUGGCGCAUUUCUUUCUUCUUUUGCUCUCUUUCGUUUCCCUUAAGUUAUUUCAUGCUUUAAAAUAGAGGAAUUUUGUACAAGAAUGUUCAGCAAGAGUUGUAUGUGAGCUUAUUUACCUGAAAUUUAGGAGAUUUAAGAGGGAGAGAUGUACAGGAAAAAAGCUUGUAGCCUACUCAUAAUCAACAGAAGAGCUAGUGCUGGCAAAACACACCUGUUUUUCCGCUUAUAUUUUAACGGGUUGGGUGAGUAUUUUCAGAAUG